ACCUGAUUAUGCCACAGAUGCCUCAGCCAAGUCUGAGACGUGUUGAGCUGUCCACUCUCUUCCUCUCUCUUCAGCCACAGCUGGCUGGGAAAGGCCAUUUGGGACCUGCACUGCCCCUUUGCAUGGGCAUCUGUGGACAGAGAAGUAACAGCGGCCCAGCAGCUGGGUGAAAGUAGCCAGGGGGAUUGCAGAGGAAACAUCCCCUGGAACAAAGUUGUUUGCAGAAAUAAAUACCAGGUUUUGGACCAGAGUUUGGGAGUAAAUGGGAUGGCAGCGUCCCAAAAUACUUCUGUGACCAGACCUGUGACAACGGACAGAAUAAAAGGGGACUGUGCCAGUCCUGGGCCACUAGGAGAUACAGAGUCGAGCAGGACAGAACAGGACCCAGGGCAACAACUAGCCAUGUUGGGGUUCUUUCAGAUCUGUGAUGUGGAGGGCAAAGGCUUCAUCACUCGACAUGAUAUGCAGAGACUUCAUGGUCAGCUACCUCUUAGCCUGGAGGAGCUGGAGAAAGUGUUUGAUACUCUGGAUGCAGAUGGCAACGGUUCACUUACGCCAGAGGAGUUCACGACAGGAUUAAGUCAGUUUUUGUUUGGGCAGAUGGCCUCUAUGAAUGAAAUGCACGAGUCUGACAAUGAAAAUGUCUAUCAGUCUAAGUGGGAAGACAGCUAUGCUAAAGCUGAUGAUGAUGAAGAUGAGGACCGGCAGUUCUCAGAUCUGAUGGACCGGCUUGGAACAAACAAGAUCUUAGAAGACGAGAGCAAUAUAAGACAACUUUGGUCGCAGCUGAGAAAAGAUGAACCUCGUUUACUUUCCAAUUUUGAAGAGUUCCUGGUCAGAGUUUUCUCCCAGCUCCAAGAAGCCGAUAAUGAAAAGAAUGAAUUGGAGUGUGCCCUGAAAAAGAAAAUUGCUGCUUAUGAUGAAGAAAUUCAACAUCUCUAUGAGGAAAUGGAGCAGCAAAUCAAAAAUGAGAAAGAACAGUUUCUCUUGAAGGAUACAGAGAGGUUUCAGUCCCGCAGUCAAGCUCUGGAACAUAAACUCGUUUCAAAAGAACAAGAGCUGGAACAACUGGUUCAAAAACAGAAAAGGCUGGAGGGUCAGUGUAAGGAACUCCACAAUGACAAACAGGAGACCAAAGUGGAGAACACCAAGCUGAAGCUAACAAACCAAGAGCUGCUGCAGGAACUGGAGCGAACGUCUCAGGAGUUAAUAGUCGCCCAGCAACAAUUACAGACGCUCCAGGAAGAGGCUUCAAAACUACAUGAAGAAAAAGAAAUGGAGGUAUACAGGGUGACAGAAACUUUAGAGCGAGAGAAGUCGGGACUCCUUAAGCAGCUGGAUUUCUUAAGAGAAAGGAACAAACUUCUCAGAGAUGAACGAGACAUGUUUUUACAGAAAAGUAAAACAAAUGCUCCAAAAGCCAACUGGAAAAAAAGAUCAGGAUCUAUCAUUGGCAAAUAUGUAGAGGGAAAGGCAUCACUUAAGAGCCAAUCCUCCGAAGAAGAUGAUGUUUUCAAUAACUUAACAAGGAGGAGGAAUUCUAUUGGUUUGAAUGGAUAUCUUUCUUCAGAAUCUGACCAUGGUACUAAUGGGGGCAUGACUCAAACAAAACAACUGCAGAGAAUAAUCUCCAUUGAAGAAGAUCCCUUACCCCAGCUUCUUGAGAUGCCAGUUGAGAAGCAGUACAGCAAGUGGACAGAAGAAAAUGACAUCUCCCCAGAAAAGGAAAUGGAUGAGAAGCAAAUUGUGACAUCUUUAGACCACACACCAUUGUCUCUCAGAGAGCAACCAGUAGGGAAAGAAACACAAUCAAAUGAGGAGAGAAUAUACUCUGCCCCUGAUCGCUUAUUCAAGAUUGUUUUUGUGGGCAAUUCAAGUGUGGGAAAGACUUCGUUUUUAAGGCGAUUCUGUGAAGGCCAUUUUUCCCCAAACACAUCUGCUACCGUAGGUAUAGAUUACAGUGUGAAAACAGUGACAGUGGAUAACAGCCAGAUAGCCCUGCAACUCUGGGACACUGCUGGGCAGGAACGGUACCGCAGUAUUACCAAGCAGUUUUUCAGAAAAGCCGAUGGUGUCAUUGUGAUGUAUGAUAUAACAGCAAAAGACACAUUCACAACUGUCAAACAAUGGUUGGUGAGCAUUGAGGAGGCAACUGGAGAGAAUAUACCUGUCCUUUUGCUGGGUAACAAAACCGACAAUGAAAAAGAACGAGAAGUCCCUCGUGGACUAGGAGAACAUCUAGCCAAGGAUUACAAUUUAAUUUUCUACGAAUGCAGUGCCUGUUCCGGUCAUAAUACUCAUGAGUCAGUGCUUCACUUAGCUAGGAUUUUAAAGGAACAAGAAGAUAAAGUGAAAGAAAAGACUGUUCAGCUGCUGCAAGACUCAAAGAAAAAGUCUUGUUGUAUCAGACUGUAGAAGACUAGGGUAAAUUUAGACAACAAUCAUACAUCUUAUAUCACACUACAGUGCAUCAACACAUCUGCCUCAUGUUCAAAAUAUGUCUUAUGCUACGUUGUGAAUGUAACAACAGAAAACCUUUAAGAACCUAGUGCACACUCACUUCUCACUCUUUGCAAAGAUGAAGGCCUUAGGAUUACUUAGACUGUAAAGACUUCAAGGCAGGGACCAUCUUUUCGUUAUGUGUUUCUAUAUCACUUAGUACCAUGGGGCCCUGAUCCAUGACUAUGCUCCUAGAUGCUACCGCAAUACCAAUAAGAAAUAGGAAUAAGAAAUCUACUUAGAACAGGAAGCUAAUUCUCAUAGGGCCUGAUCAUAGACACCCUUACUCAAGUAGCCCUUACCUUUUGAGUAGUCCAGUUGGCUUCAGUGGGAUCACUCAUAUAAGGUUAGAGUUUGCGGGACUGGAUCCCUAAUCUUGUAGCCUCAAAUCUUGGUUCCAUGUUGAUCUUCUCUAGUUGUGUCUGGUUUGGGGUUUUUUAAAUUAUUAUUAUUUAAAUUUUAAGCACAAACAACUAAAUAUAAAACUCUGUGUUAAGGUUUUGAGUGUCAAUAUACAAGAAUGAAGGAAAGAAAUAGUCAGGAUUCUCAGAAUAACAUUAACUGAUCCACACUACACAUCUAUAGUAUGUUUAUUACUAGUCACACUCUUUGCACAUGAAGCCUCAUUGUGGGCCCAUAACUCAUGCUGGGGUGCCUUUACAUGACUCAGUGAUUCCUGUGGGACUCUUCAUACAUAGAGGUUUUCACCACUGCCAGUGCGGGUUUUACAAAUGACCUAUACAGCAAGCCAUGCUCUUAGAUGUCACUGGCAGAUGGCUGUUGUAUCAGACUUAUGGCUGACACAACUCCUCCCUCUCACAAGACUCCAUCACAGAAGGUUUAGCAUAAGAUAGUCCAGGGCCAAAAUUUUUGAAGCUGUCUGCCUAAAGUUAAACCAAUGUUUUUGGAGACAUUUUCAAAAAGCAUCUCAGGGACUUAGGAGCCCAGAUCUCACUGAAAUCCAAGGGGAUUUAGGCUCCUAAAUUCCUUAGGUGCUUUUACAAAAAUCCUCACUAUGCACCUAAAUAAAUGCCCUGAUUUUCAAAAGUGCUGACUAGCCAGCAGCUCCCUUGGACUUUAAUCAGAGCUGCUGGGGUCACACCACUUGAAAAAUCACACCCUUUAUGUAGGUGCAGGCCCGCCGACAGCAAUUCCCAGCCCCCAGGCAGAACAGUUAAUGGGCCCCCAGGCAUGCACAAGCCGCGCCCGCACAGACGUGAUCCACCUGACAUUUGGGCAGUGCUGUGCCUGCAGUGGCUGGUGCCCAGCAAGCGCCGGCUGCUCUGCUGGGCAUGCUCUUCUGGCAUAGCCAGGGCUUCCACAUGCCCCGCCGGUAGGGUUGCCAACUGUCUAAUUGCACAAAUCCAAAGACGCUUGCCCCGCCCCUUGCCCCGCCCUUUCCCUGAGGCCAUGCCCCGUCCUGCCAGCAGCGGUGGCAGCCACCGGGGAUCCCCAGGCCCUUUUAAAUCGUCUGGGCCCCUGGGAAAUUGCCCCCUUUGCCCCCCCAUCGGCGGGCCUGGGUAGGUGCCUAACUUUAGGAACCCAUCUUAAAAUCUUGGCCUAGAACAACACACUGAAUUCAUUUUUCCCUUUGGACACCCUGGUGGAAUAUCAAUGAAAUGAGCAACUUCAGAGCUGGCCUUCCAGCAAGAAUCUGAAUAAUUCCUGAUGGAAUUCUUCUGUGUUGCACACAGUGGUACUUCUGUGCUUUCAAGAAUUGUUGUAAAUGUGGAUGAGCUUGCACAGAAGAAACAGAACCUGUCGCAGUUUAUUUUAUCAAUAGAACAGAACUGAAGAUUAUUUGCUAUAAAAAAAGAAAGAUGAUUUAUAAAUUAUAUUUUCAAUCCAUUUUCUAACUUUCAAAAGUUUUUUUUUAAAACUUGAAUAAAUAGAUUUGAAACCAAUUUAAUUAAAAAUAAGAGACUGUGCUUUUAUAAAAGACCAAAAUGCUAAACACUAGUUGUAUAUGUAGCUAUUUUAUUUUAUUUUUUGAAUAAAACCUUUAAAGUAAUUCA